AUGUUGCAUGAGUGGCAGCCGAUAUUGAAGUGGUUGGCCAUUGUUGGAUUGGUGCCAUUUGCCAACAACGGCAAACGUCAACUCCAGCAAUGGCAACGCAUCUACACAUUCAUCAUGCUGGCAGCGAAUUGGAUUCUAACUGCCUAUGGGAUCUUCGAACAGCCAAUGGAUGACGAAGUGCUGGUAUCGAAUUAUGUCAGCGUUAUGGUUUUUCUCAGUCAAAGUAUAUCGCUGAGCGUCUGCCUGCUCGAGGGAAUGURCACCUAUCGUCGACAUUUUGCAUUCUUGCAACAAUCACAACGUAUUGUGUGGCUGUUUCAGCAGCGCCUACAAACUGGGCUGUGUCGUUGGAGUUUGCGGCGUCGCCAACGUUUCAAAUAUAUGUGCUACUCAUGUAUCGCCUAUGGCAGCCUACCCAUAUCGAUGGUGGUCAUUUCGAUCAAAUACUAUUACGGUUACUUUUGGUAUGCGUUGGGCUGUAUUCUGGUGUUGCGCACCCGCUGCCUGUUGGUCAUUAUCUAUAUGGAUUAUAUCGAUUUUUAUAUGACACAUUUGAAUAUGAAGCUGCGUUCGGUGGUCAAUUCUCGUAUGCRCAAGCCGCGCUUGUGUUUGGAUGUCAAUUACAGAAUGUUGGAAUCUUUCGAUUAUUUGUUGCAGCUGAAGUUGGUAUAUAGUGAGAUAUAUAAAUUAACAACUAUGUUCGAUGACUUAUUUGGUUGGUCGCUAUGUGCUUUACUAACAGUUAUUUUUCUGGAUAUUACCGUUAAUUCAUAUUGGACGUUUCUAACAUUAUCGCGUGUUUUCGAAUUCUAUUUCCUAUACUUAACUAUGUCAACGGUAUUCCCACUGGCAACCGUUAUUAGUUUUGCAUGCUAUGCUGGGGAGAACUGCAAGCAGCAGGUCUAA